AUGUCAAGUCGCUACCAUUUGUCGUCCGCGCCGGAUUCGUCGCCGGCAGAAGCCGCCAAGUACGUUCAUCCCGUUUCCGCUCGCGUGCUGCACGCCGCGCCAUUUCUUGGGUACAUCCCGGUCUUCAGCGUGACUCUCAGGUCAUUCCACCCCAAAUUUGUGCUUGCGAUUUGCUUGCAGCGCUUGUUCGAGAAGGGCCUCGCCAAUGGACUGAUGCGACUGUCGAUCCAGCCGGUGCUGACGGGCCGCUACGGACUCACUGGCGCCGUGUACCAGCGCCUGUCCACCCUCUACACGCUGGGUUGGGCCAUCAACGCAUUUAUCACCGUCAUGGCGGACACGUUUGCGCUGUUUGGGUACACAAAACGGUGGUACGGCGUAUUGUCGGCGGUGGGCGGCGGCGUGUUCGCGCUGCUGUACGGGCUUCUGCCGGCGAAGGAGUCGAGCGCGAAGCCUGCCGCCAUCUUCAUGUUCUUGACGGCACUGUUCAUGAGCAACAUCGACGUCUUCGCUGUCGCGUUGUACAGCGAGCAAAUCCGCUGUCGCCCAGCUGCCGGGCCAGCACUGGUGAGCUGGAUGUGGGGCACGGCGCUUAUCGGUAUUAUGAUCUCCAGCAUAAUUCAAGGUCCCCUCUCCGACAAUGGGUUAACUCACUUUGGUGUGUACAUGACAGCCGCAAUCCUGCUGUUAUCGGGCCUACUGUUUGUGUUCAACCUGUUCGAGGAGCGACGGAACUGUGCAGCCCGCUUGGAGGACGCCAAGGUGGAGUUUCUCCAGAACGCCAAGAACACGAGCAUCGACGGCACGGCCGGCCUGCCGCCAUCACCGCAGAAGCGAGAUGCGAAGCUGACCGCUGAUAGUAACAUCAACGAAGAGGAUGACGAGGAGGAGGCAGCCGCGAUGGAUGCGCGAGGCUUCGUGCGGCCGCACGUGGACACCUACCUCUGCGGCGCCGUGGAAGUGAACCGAGACGUCAUGCUGCGCUACUGGCGGAUGGCACUGUUUUGCCUGAUCCUCACACUCGGUGUGAUAGCGAACGCAGUCGUGAACAUCUUUGGCACGCGGUGGGACAUUAUGUAUGCCUGCAUCACCGUGGCGGUGGUGGUGUGCGUCAGCUCCUUCUUCACGUUGCCGCUGGCCGUUGCAAAAGUUGUGGUGUUCAUGUAUUUCAAUGCCAUCUUGUAUGUGAACCUCCCAGGCGUGCUGAACACCUUCUACGUGGCAAAGCCAGCAUGCCUCCCCGAUGGGCCGCACUUUUCGUACACGUUCUACAACGCCAUGAAUGGCAUUCUGGGUAAUAUUGCCGGCAUCAGUGGCACUAUGGUGUUCGCGCACCUGUUUCCUAACCACAGCUACCGGUUUGUCAUGAGCCUCUCCGCUGUUCUGUUGCCGGCCGCCUCUAUGUUCGAUCUGAUCAUCUUGAAACGCUGGAACCUGGCCAUUGGUAUCCCUGAUCACGCCAUGUACAUUUUUGGUGACGCCAUCAUCUACGAAGCAUGUGAUAUGCUCCUCAACAUGCCCAUGAUGAUGCUCAUGUGCCGCAUUGCGCCGUGUGGGGCUGAGUCGAUGGUGUUUGCGCUCCUCGCGAGUAUUUACCACCUUGGCACCUCGACUUCGUCCGCCAUAGGUUACCUGCUGAUGGAAACGAUUUGGCCGGUUGUCACGACAGGCACGUGUGACUACAGCAACGCGCCGUGGCUGGUGAUCACUGGGCACAUCGUCACACCUGUUCUCAUCUUCCCCCUGGCUUACGUUCUCCUCCCAUCGGCGCGCAUCAGUGACCACAUUGACCACACGGGUCGAAAGGUAAGGGAGGUAGAGCUCUCAGAGCGGAGUGCUGAAGCGGCUGAGGAGCCGGUUUCUAUCCCAACGAGGCCACGCAGCUAG